AUGAGUUGCUACAAACUUCCUGAUGGUGUCUGUGAUGAGAUUGAAUCAAUGUUGUCCAGGUUUUGGUGGGGGUCAAGAGAAGGUGAGAGGAAAAUUCACUGGAUGAGUUGGGACAAAUUGGCUCGUUCUAAGAGCGACGGUGGUAUGGGCUUCCGUGGUUUCAGGGAUUUCAAUACUAGUCUCCUGAGUAAGAAAUUUUGGAGACUUUGGCAAGGAGAUGGAUCUCUUGUGGAGCGGUUUUUCAAGGGGAGGUACUACCCUAGGAGCUCUAUUGCGGAGGCGGGUUUGGGUUACAAACCAAGCUACGCCUGGAGGAGUAUUUAUAGCUCUAGAGAUGCUGUUUUGAAAGGGUCUAGAUGGCGUAUUGGAAACGGUGAGCGGGUGAAGAUAUGGACUGAUAACUGGAUUCCUUCUUUAUCGAGUUUCAAACCCCUAAGCCCGUUGGUUCCACAAAACACUAAUGUGUUGGUCAGUUCUCUUAUUGAUAGUGACCUGUGUUGUUGGAAGAUGGACUCCUUGAAGGAGUUGUUUGGUAAGAGUGACGUUGCUCACAUAGCCUCUAUUCCCAUUUCUAAGAUGGUGCUGGAAGAUAAGCUGGUGUGGAACGCUGAGAAGCACGGAUACUUCUCUGUCAAGACUUCGUAUCAUCUUCUUGGAAAUGCUAGACGGUGCAGCAUCCCUGGCCCUUCGGUUAGUGAUGAAGAAGGCUUUUGGAAAUUGCUAUGGAAAGUUCCUGUUGAGAAUAAAAUAAAGGAAGUUGGUUGGGCAUUGGGAAGUUGGUUGGAUCUCGCACUUGGUUAG